AGGCGUUUCGUGCCAGCCGUGUAAGAUUUCGUCAAUUACGUCCCGUUUUCGACCAAUUUGGCGUAAGUAACGUGUGUCGAAAUGGUGCGCGAAGUGUUAACUUUGCAGCUGGGCAACUACGCCAACUAUGUAGGCACGCACUGGUGGAACAUACAGGAAUCGUCGUUCAACUAUGAUCCGACUGCGGAACCAUCCGACAUCGAGCACACGGUGCUGUAUCGUGAAGGUGAAACGAGACAACGACAACCGACCUUCACACCGCGCCUCCUAAUGUUGGAUCUGGGCGGUACGCUGAGGCAUCUUCCCCGGACCGGCGACCUGUACGAGGAAGAGCUCGCACCAGACGGUGACACACCGUACAUGCAGCACACUACCGAUGAAUCAGACAUCGGAGCGGUGGAAGUUAUUAAGCAGGGAGAACGGUACGAACCGCACCCGUUUCAAGCCGACCUUAGCGCAGGGUUAGCGUCGGACACGAUCGCCGCGAAGGAUUAUGAUUUUCGCAACACCGUGCACAGCUGGUCGGAUUAUGCCUACGCCCGCUACCAUCCUCGCAGUAUCAACAUCAUCGAGCGCUAUGCGUAUUCGCCGACCGAGGCCCAGUUCGAUACAUUCCCGAAUGGGCGCGGCCUAUGGCAAGAGGUGGACUUCCAGGAGAAUCUAACUGACCGCAUCCGGCAGUACAUCGAGGAGUGCGACGAGUGCCAGGGCUUCCAGACGCUCUUCGACUGCACGGACGCUUUCACCGGGCUCACGAUCGGUCUGCUGGAGCAUCUACACGACGAGUACGGCAAAGCGUCGAUAGUUUUCCCUCUGUUUUCACCGCGGUCGCCCACGUUCAAGGGUGCGGACGAAGCAACGAGCGACUCGAUCCGGGUGGUUAACACUGGGCUCGCAUUCGCACACCUGCACGAACAUUGCUCACUAUUUGCGCCCCUUGCAACAAUGGCACAGUGCUGGCGCACCAUGGAGACACCGCGUCCGUUGCCUGGUCUCAGCUACGAUCCGCACAGCCUCUAUCAAACAUCCGCCAUUCUGGCCAGCUUUCUCGAAACGGUUUCAAUACGCUACCGAUUGCGCGGCGGUAUUAGUGGUGGCCAUCUAGCCGGACUCUGCAGCGAUCUCAGUGCGUAUGGUCGCCGAAUGGCGGCCGGCGUCCUCACAAUGCCUUUCCCGAUGGACGCCACGCAGGAUCUGAUCGAUUGCUUGGACCAGCUGGAGAGCAAACAGGUGCUGGCCCCCAUUACGCCCGGCACCGGCAUCGACACCAGCGACCAGCCUACCCGGGGCAUCGUCCAGUCUGUCUGCGUUCGGGGAUUGCCUGAGCAGCGCCUGAAGCGACCACCGACGGCCAAGGGGGCUCAGCGACAGCAACGGAUGGCUGGUUAUCGGUGCAACAGUGUAAGCGAAAUGUUGCAGUUGUUCUUUAGCUGCACAUUACCAGUCAGCAUGUCGCACGUAACGGCCACACGAUCUCCAAUUCCGGUACGCCAACCAUUCCCGGUGGAGCUGUUACACGGGGGACCGGGUGGGCUGAGCUUCGAUGGCUUUCGCACCGACGAUCCGUUUGCACAAGUGGCACCCCUCGCUAGCAUUCCGACACUCGCCGCACUGCAAUCAUCAACCGAUUUGGGCCGGCCACUGGAGGCCCUGCAUCGUGAGGUUAAGCGAGUCCGACUAGCGCGCAUACCGCGCUUCGUUGAGUGCGAUCUGGAUACAACGGAGUAUGAUGAGGCACUCGAGCAGUUGCUAGUGCUGAAGGAGCAAUAUGAUGAAAACUACUCUAUUUAAAGCGCCUUCCACGUGUUCAUCGCUGAAGCAGCUUAUCUAAAUAUUAAUUUGCAAAUAAAAAGUGUUCAUUUUUUUUUAAUCCAUUUCA